UUUGCAUUUGAUCAUUUGCGGUUUGCUCGUAUGCUCUAGAUUGGUGUUUUUUGUAUGAAUAAUUUGUAUGAGAAAAUUGAUGUUAAAACUUUUAUUUUGAUAGAAACUUGUUAUUGUAUAUUUUUUACCACAAAAAUUCACGGGUACCCAUGAACCCGCGGAUACUCAAAGGGUUGGGUUGCGUUUGAGUUUUUCAAACCCAACGAAUUUUACUCCGGAUUUUAUUGGCGGAUAAACCCAUAAAUUUGGGUAUGUGUUUGACAAAACCCGUCCCAAACCGACCCAUUGCCAUCCUAGGACAAUGGUUCUCUGCGCUGGUUACUCUGAUUCCACAAUCUUUCUCUCUAUUCCAGCGGGAAAUUUGUUGCAGAGAGCCAGAGACUAAGACCAGCCAAAGUCCGUUCCGACAACCAAAAUGUCUUCCGAUCCCGAUAAGCUCGUCGCCAAGGCCGAUAAGCUAACAAAGCUGACCCUUACAAGGUGGAGUGCUGAUUGGAGAAACGCCACUCUUAACUACGAGCAAGCUGCCAAUGCGUAUAGAGUAGCCAAGAAGUACGAGAAGGCGAAAGAUGCAUUCGAAAAGGCUUCCAAAGGGCAAGAGAUGCUUACGUCUCCCUGGGACGCCGCUAAGCACAUGGAAUCUGCCGCUGCUCUAGCUAAGGAGCUAGGUAACUGGAAUGAUGUAGCUGACUUGUACAGAAGGGCAUCCGAGUUGUACGUUGAAUGUGGGAGGGCACAACCUGCAUCUGAUGCACUGGGGAAGGCAGCUCGUGCCGUGGAAGAUCAUCUCCCUGAUGUUGCUGUUCAGCUGUAUACCGAUGCUUGUUCACUUCUGGAAGAGGAUGACAAGGACCAAAUGGCCUUUGAUCUAUACCGUGCUCUAACCGCCGUCCACAUAAAGCUUGAGAAGUACACAGAUGCUGCAGCUGCCUUGUUGAGAUUGGGUCUUGCAGCUGACAAAUGCAAUGCUAGUAACAGCCAGUUUAAGGCAUACCUUAGUGCUAUCGUUGUGUACCUUUAUGCUAAUGAUGUCAAGGCAGCAGAGAAAUGCUAUAAUGACUGCUCACAGAUUCCUGCGUUUUUGGGAAGUGACCAGGGCCGAUGUGGUAGCAGGCUUAUCUCAGCUUAUUCAGAAGGCAACGUUGAAGAAAUUAAACGUCUGGCUCAGUCUAGCACCAUUACUCAUCUUGACCAUGCUAUCAUCAAGCUGGGAAGAAAGCUACCUACUGGUGAAGUUACCGCAGUAAAAGCUGGGACUGAAGAAGGAGAAGGCUUGGACGAGGAUGAUCUCACAUAAUGAUUCUUCUCAUUCUAGAGGGGUUUGUAAAUUAUAUACUUGCUGGACAAAUAUAUCCCGUCUUUCUUCCUUCCCAAGUGGCCAAGUCUUCUACUCACACCGUUUAUUUGAAGUUUGAACGUCUAUUGUAAGUUGUAACUGAUUGACUGGGCCUAUUGAUGGAAAGCGAAUCUGGGCUUUUGGAAGGUUGAGUUAAUGCAUGGGCUGGGCCGUCAGUGAUUUACAGUUUUACACGAGUAACCGUCUAGGGUUUGCAACCCGAAAAUUCGCAAACUAAUGCACCAUUCCAUUUAUACCCCUGAACAGAUCUCAUAAAUACAGAGCCAAACC